UCAACACAUCAAACUCAUACGAUCAAUCAUAUAUUGGUGUUGGAAUCCAUUCCAUGGUCGAAUCUGUGAAGAACUUCAGAUUGAGUGCAAGUGCUGAAAAAACAGAUUUGUGCUUUUGGCAUCACUGUUGAAGGCAUGAUCCUAUGCUUCUCCAGAUGAAGUUUCAUGAUGGAAUGAACUUCCAUUCCAUAUCACAGUUACUGAAUCAUUGUACUCGAACUAAGAAUCUUAGAGCAGUGAAGGCGUUCCAUGCCCAUGUAGUUACAUCAGGCUUGUCCUUCGUCUCCCCUAACCUCCAAACAAAGCUUCUGUUCACGUACACUGAAUGCAUCGAUGGCGAAAAAAGCCACAAAAUUCUAAGCAACUUUCUGAAUUGCUUGAGUCUCAGAAAUCCAAUACCUUUUAAUUCAAUUAUAUCUCAUUUUUCUCAACGUGGAUUUGACUGUUUCUCGCUCCGUACUCUCCGAUUUAUGCACAGCAACAGUGUGUAUGUGGACUCUUAUUCUUUAUGCAGCUCUAUAAAAUCAGCUUCUUGUCUGAAGAGAAUUUGGUUUGGGAAAGUGAUGCAAGCCUACGUGAAGAAAUCAGGCUGGUUGUCUAGUGUGUUUGUGGGAAGUGCUUUGGUGGAUUUUUAUGCAAAAUUAUUGUGCACGAAUGAUGCAGCCAACGUGUUCGACGAAAUUCCUGUGAAGAACACCGUCUGUGUGAAUGCGCUUAUGUCUGCCUAUGCCGAUGCCAAAAUGUGGAGCCAUGUUAUUGAAUUGAUUAGGAGGAUGCCAUUGUUGAGUUUAACACCUGACAAUUUCACUCUGUCCGCUGCUCUACGUGCGUGUUGUGGGGUGUGUGCUUUAGAAUCCGGGAAGCAGGUUCAUGCUAAUGUUAUUCGCCGUAUGAUGGAUGUUGAAGGCGAUGUGUUUUUACAGAGUCUGAUGAUCGAAAUGUAUGGGAAGUGUGGACGGCUGGGGAGCGCCAAAAGAAUUUUCAAUAUUGUGGGAUAUAGUGGAGGAGGGGAGGGGCGACGAAAGGAUGUUAUUUUGUGGACUUCGAUAUUAGGUGUGUGUGGAAGGGCCGGAGAUUACAUUGAAGUGAUGAAGUUGUUCAGAGACAUGAUUAUGGAAGGGGUAACCCCGGACGGUGUGGCAUUUUUGACGGUCAUCUCUGCUUGUGGCCACGCCGGUCAAGUAGAUCUCGGUUUGGAGUACUUUGAGUCUAUGAUUCGCGACUACGGCCUGAUUGCAAGCCGGGAGCAUUACAGUUGUGUUGUGGACUUGCUUUGCCGUGCUGGAAAGUUCGAGAGGGCUUGCAAGUUUGUUGCGGAGAUGCCGGAUUCUGGGGAAGAAAGCUGUGCAGUAUCCAUGUGGGGUGCGUUGCUUAGCGCUUGUGUCACAUCUGGAAAUGUCAAUUUUGGAAAACUGGCUGCUCAAAGAGCACUUGAGUUGGAUCCAACCAAUGUCGGGAUUUACAUUCUAUUGUCGAACUUGUACGCCACGAAUGGUAUGUGGACUGAGAUCGAGCAAUUGAGGGAGCUAAUGAAAAAAAGAGGAUUGAAGAAAGAUUUGGGAUGGAGUUCGAUAGGUGCACCGAUUCCAAUUAGCAGCGGCUAGUAGCUACAAAACUACUGCUCUGCCAUAACUUAUUUUCUAUCCUUCCCAGCUUGGCUAGCUCUCGAGUAAAGAAACUUGUUCAUGUACAAAAAUUCGAGUUAAGGAGUGAUGAAUUCUGAUAUUCCACAACCAGGUAAAUAAGCUUAUCCUUAGUCAUGGCUUAUGCUUGUCUUGCUAAGUAUAAUUUUUGGGAUCCAAUAUGCAACUAGGAUGGGGAUGGCACAUUUCUUUACCCUGCUGUAUUUGAAUUUCCAAUUUUUGCAAAAUAAUCAGAGUUGGUAAUGAAUAUGAUGAUAUCUGAUCCAGGGUGGGCUGCUGUGUUCCUACAGGGCCUCUUUGUGUAGGUAUAACAUUUAAUUUGGGUGAGCUGUGUUGCCCCAACUAUCUUCAAUCUAAACUGGCCCAUCCCCAUCCAUAUGUAUGUUGUAUAUCAUCAUUUUUUGUGCUGGCCAUGCCAUUGCUUUGCUCAAUUACAGACCUAUAUGUGCCCCAUUUGUAUCUAUCUAUCUAUCUA